CACUCUCCACACCUCCUGUCCUGAUGAGCUCGUGGUUGUCCUUCUGCUGACAGAGAAAAGGAUCAUGAGCUCGGAUAAGAAACCAUUCACUAGACUCCCAACUGAUGUAGUUCCUGUCAACUAUACGCUAGAACUGAAGCCUGACCUGCAGAAGUUCACUUUUGCUGGGAAAGUUUGCAUUACAUUAAAAGUUAAUACUCCUACAAAGACAGUAUGUCUCAAUUCUGCUGAUAUUGAAAUAUCUAACGUCACCUGUGGAGAUCAAGUUGGCACUGUUAGCUAUCAGAAAGAAGAUGAGAGAGUUUCGUUUGAUUUUCCUCAAGAAAUAUCAUCACCUGAGGCUACACUGAACAUUGUCUUCACUGGAAUACUCAACGACCAGAUGAAGGGAUUCUACAGGUCAAAGUACACACGUCCUGAUGAACCUGAUGUUGAGAGAUAUACAGCUGUGACACAAUUUGAACCUGCUGAUCUCUCUCUCUCUCAGGAUGUCAAAGAGACAAAGGAAGAUGGUGACAGCAAGACAGUUGUUUUUAAUCGUACUCCGAUAAUGUCAACAUAUCUACUAGCAUUCAUAGUAGGAGAGUAUGAUUACAUAGAAGAUAAGGACAGUAAUGGAGUAGUUGUGAGAGUGUAUACUCCACUGGGAAAGAAAGAGCAAGGAAGAUUUGCACUGAAUAUUGCUACAAAGACUUUGCCAUUUUACAGGAAGUAUUUCAAUGUUCCUUAUCCUCUUCCUAAAAUUGAUCUUAUUGCCAUCCCUGAUUUUGCAGCUGGUGCUAUGGAGAACUGGGGUUUAGUUACAUAUAGAGAAAGACUCCUACUCGCUAGUGAGGAUUCUCCUAUCUCCAGUAAACAGAUUGUGGCUAUUGUUGUUGGACAUGAACUGGCCCAUCAAUGGUUUGGAAACUUGGUUACGAUGGAGUGGUGGACUGAUUUGUGGCUCAAUGAAGGUUUUGCGUCUUGGAUUGAGUACCUGUGUGUUGAUUAUUGUCACCCUGAGUUUGAUAUUUGGACGCAGUUCCUUGCACAGGAUUACGCUCAAGCUUUGAGUCUUGAUGCACUGUCCAACAGUCACCCCAUUGAGGUUAUAGUUGGCCCACCAUCAGAAGUUGAGGAGAUAUUUGAUACCAUUUCCUACAGCAAAGGAGCCUCUGUCAUUAGAAUGCUGCACAAUUGGAUUGGAGAUGAUGAUUUUCGUAAAGGAAUGAAUGCCUAUUUGACUAAAUAUGAGUACAAGAACACUAAGACAGUUGAUCUCUGGACUUGUUUGGCAGCUGCUAGUGGUAAGCCGGUUAUGGAGGUUAUGAAGACUUGGACACAGCAGAUGGGAUACCCAGUACUGACAGUUGACGCCAAACAGGAGGGCAAUAAUCGUGUCCUUAGCAUUUCGCAGAAGAAGUUUUGUGCUGAUGGAAAUAUCAAAGGUUUGACAAAAAUCUUAACAAGGCCAAGGGGGCACGACAAGAAACUAACACUAAUUGAUAAAGAAGAACCUUGA